GGACCGAAGAAAACACACCUAGAAUAACCGAGUGGACCUCACAUUAAGCCCGUACAUUACUGAUACGGUACAGAGACGGUAGUGACCGUGCAUGGACUUAAGGUAGACCCGCUGAUCCGCAGCUGGAGCUAACGGAGCUAACUGACCGUCAUCUGUUACCUAACGGGCUAACUGACAGGCCACUGGCUCAUGUUCACCACGCUGCACUGCACUGACCCGCUCUAAACCGGGUCAGUUUCUGGACGAUCUGAACCACCCUCAGGAGGACUGUCUCCGGGUUUCACCGGCGGUUUCUGGUGAAGUUUAACCGGCUUACGGAGGGUAACGAGCCUGCUGGGACACGUCGCUCUGACCCGGUUCGGUUCGAGGACCGGGAGCCAGGAUGUUGAUAGCAGUUGGUGCAGGAAGUGGAAACGUUGCCACCGCUGGCAAGAAACACAGACGGAGGGGCAAAAAACACCGGAGAGUCCGAACAGACGAGAACCGGCCUGAUGAUAUCUGUGACCUUCGGAGUCUAAAUGCCAACAGCAGCCUCCCCCCAACAGACUUGCAGAGUUAUCCUCAAACCACCCGGCUGCCCCCCCAAAAUACUCCAGAAACCACCACAUCACCAGGAAAUAUGCCAGCAUAUACUGAAGACCUCAAUGAAUCCACUACAGCACCUCGACAGAACUCUCCAUGCACCACCACGUUACCCACUGAAACCACCCUGCUGUCCCUCCAGAGUGUCCCCCGAACCCAUUCACCACCUCCACAGAGCACCCUCAAGACCACACCAGCCUUUAUAGACGCAGUAGAUAUCCCUGUAGCACCCAUGGUACCUGCUGAAAGUACCCUCCAGACUGCCCCACUGCCCUCUCUAGAUGUGACAGUUCCUGUGACUCAGAUUUUCAGCCGAUCACCUCCUGCCACAUCUCAAAAUCCCGCCCACAGUCACAGCCAAUCACCGCCAACUGUUAACCAUACUAUUACCCACAAUUCUCACAGAACUCUUCAAAAUGUCACCGGGAGUCUUUCUGACUGCCAAACAGAUCCCUUCAAAUCGCCUCCAACCGUGCCACACAAAAUUACCCACAAUGCCUCUGAAUUACCAUCAGUUUCUGCCCAGCAUCCUGCCAAAGCUCCACCCAGCCCUCCGUUAAGCCCCUCCCACCCUGACCCCUUCCUGCUGACCUCGGUGACCUUCACCUCCAGUGUCUCCUCCCACCUCCACUCCCCUGUCUGCUCCUCUUCCGCCUCCCUUCUCCACUCCCUUGACUCUCUGGGCCCCCCCAUUAGUCUGCUUCCCAUGAUGUCAUCAGCCACCCCUCAACUGACCACACCUCCCCCGACUCUGACCCCACCUCCUCCUGAGUUGACCCCGCCCCCUAUACAGCUGCUGGGCUCUGACGAUGAAGAGCAGGAGGACCCUUCAGAUUAUUGCAAAGGUGGUUACUACCCAGUGAAGAUUGGUGAUCUGUUUAACGGGAGGUACCAUGUGGUCAGAAAACUGGGUUGGGGACAUUUCUCUACUGUCUGGCUCUGCUGGGACCUGCAGAAGAAGCGGUUCGUGGCGUUGAAGGUGGUAAAGAGUGCUCCACAUUACACUGAGACGGCUCUGGACGAGAUCAAACUGCUCAGAUGUGUGAGAGACAGCGACCCCUCUGACCCCUACAGAGAAACCAUUGUCCAACUGAUUGACGACUUCAAGAUCUCUGGGGUCAAUGGAGUCCAUGUCUGUAUGGUUCUGGAGGUUCUGGGUCAUCAGCUGUUGAAAUGGAUCAUAAAGUCAAACUACAUGGGACUUCCUCUGGUCUGUGUCAAGACCAUCAUCACACAGGUGUUGCAGGGUCUGGACUACCUCCACACUAAGUGUAAGAUCAUCCACACCGACAUCAAACCAGAGAACAUCUUAUUGGAUGUUGAUGAGGUUUACAUCAGGAGAUUGGCAGCUGAGGCAACCAUCUGGCAAAGAGCUGGCGCCCCGCCCCCUUCAGGGUCAUCAGUUAGCAUGGCUCCCAGGGAUCUACAGGUUGGCAAACUGUCUAAGAACAAAAAGAAGAAGUUGAAGAGGAAAGCGAAGCGUCAGCAGAGACUGUUGGAGGAGAGACUGGUGGAUAUACAGAGGAUGGAGGAGGAGGACGGUAUGCUGUUACAACCUGACGACACAGACGCUAACUCCAACAGCAAAGCGAGCCCAGAGUCCACCAGCUCCUGGCUGGAGGACAGGUGUAAUGGCCACGCCCCUGAUCGGUUCUCCAGCCCCGCUUCUGGCCUAUCAGGGUUCUCCAGCUCUGUGAUGUCAGCAACGUCUGAGUCAGCACUUUCUACUCAGUCAGGGUACUCGAGUGGGCGAGACGUGUUCAGUGCUUCAGACUUCGUCCUCAGUCCUCUGGAUCCUCUGAACGCCCACAAACUCAGAGUGAAGAUCGCUGAUCUGGGAAAUGCAUGCUGGGUGCACAAACACUUCACUGAGGACAUUCAGACCAGACAGUACAGAGCUCUGGAGGUUCUGAUUGGAGCAGAGUACGGACCACCUGCUGACAUCUGGAGCACCGCCUGCAUGGCAUUUGAGCUGGCGACAGGAGAUUACUUGUUUGAGCCUCACUCAGGGGAAGAUUAUACCAGAGAUGAAGAUCACAUCGCUCACAUCAUCGAGCUGCUCGGUCCGAUUCCUCUGCCCUUCGCUCUGUCUGGCAGGUACUCCAGAGAGUACUUCAACAGGAGAGGUGAGCUGCGUCACAUCUCCAGUCUGAAGCCGUGGGGUCUGUUCGAGGUCCUGCUGGAGAAAUACGAGUGGCCGCUGGACCAGGCGGCUCAGUUCAGUGACUUCCUGUUGACCAUGUUGGAGCUGCAGCCUGAGCGCAGAGCGACCGCAGCGCAGUGUCUGCAGCAUGCAUGGCUGCACACAUAAACACGCACUGAUAUAUAUACAGACACUGAUAUAUACAUACUGUCAUACACUCUGAUACACGCACACACAGCAACACACACACACACACAUUGUGGUUGAGGAGUGUUAGAAAAGUCUCAGUCGGUCAGUGUUGAGUUCAAGUGUUGUAGGAAAUGAUUGCCUCGACUGUCUCACAGCUGUCUGUGCUGAUUCAUAAACUGACUGACUGACUUAUUGAUUGAUUGACUGGCUUUGCAGGUGGACUGUCUCAUUUAGGCUGAAUCCAAAUGUCUCUCUGAACAUUGUGUUUUCCACAUGAUUACAAUCUGAUGAAUUAUGAAGGUGCUCCACUUCAAGUAUUAUAACUGGCAGUUAAAUAACUGAACAGUGUCUACAGCUCUGUUGCUUCUCUUUGUGUCAGAUACUGUGAGCGCGAGUCUUUCAACCUUUUUGGCCGCUCCGAGCUGCCGUACUGUUGGAGCACAAAUAGACGUGCAUCAAAGUCCAAGCGGCGGCUGGUUUGACCAGGUUGUCACCAGCGACGGCUCACUUCAUCACAGCUAUUCUUAUUAGCUGCUCUCCUUACGUGCUUGAUGAUAACUUAUUUGACGAGUUUGAUCUUAACAGCGUGGAUUGAUAGCGGUGCGUUAUUAACAGAAGUCGACUGAACUUAUCAGAGUUAUCUUGAAUGCAUCAGUUUUGGAUGAAUUUGUACGUUCAUGAUACGAACCGUUCGUGACCUCAGGAUUGAUUCAGUGCAGGAAUUCAGCUGGUCUUCUCUGCAAGGAAAAGCCAAGAACAAUAGUUCCUCUAGUGCGUGAUCAUGGUUAGCUUCAAAGAGUGUCAGAGAGAGAGAGCGAGCAGGCAAAUUGUGAGGAUGGGCUGAGUGAAUCAGUGCUCUGCAUGCAGCUCCACAAUGAAAUGAGAUUUUAUAUUAUUAUAUUUUAUAUAUUUUAUAGAAAAUCGAGAUGUGGCGGUCAGCACUGACUGACUGCGACAGGCCACCACAGAUAUAUCAAUGUAUGGGAAACACUGGAGUAUGAUGAGGCCUCAUGGACUGCUGAUGCAUUCACUGUCAUCACGUUCAGUCUGCAAGGAAGAAGUUAUAAUCUGGAGUUAUUCUGUGUUGUUGUCAUCAGAUCUCACGUUCAGGUCUAAACUAACAGUGUUGAAUCUGGUGAACUCCAGGUCAGGUCCCCUGCCGCUCCUGAUUUGCAUAAAUUCUGCACUUGAUGUUUGUGAUGCGAUAUUUUUUUGCAGAUAGCUCUGUAUUAUCUUUAUAGUACUAUAGUAUCACUCAAGUAUCUUUAACCGUCACAGAAAGCUCAAUAUUCUCAGUCGUGAACUAAAUCAUCUUUACAUGCUUUAAAGUGGAGCUGGUGUUCUGCAUUUUCUCAUUGUCAAUAAAUCCAAUGACCAGAUCCAAACCAGCAUGUUCACCUCAGCUUCAAGCCCAUUGGUUCCUACUGAAAAACACCAAACCUGUGAGCAGGUAUCAGGGUGCAAACACCUGACAGCUCUGUACAUUUUACAGGAACACACACCUGUGACGUAGUCAGGUGACACCCAGACGUUUGUAUUCAGCCUCAGUCGUCUCCACCCGCUGACCUUUGACCUCCAACAUGUCACAUGUUGUCCUGUAGAAAUCAGCUGCUUUAAACAUUUUUUGAGACUGUUUCUUUUCAAACUGCGGAUUUAAACUCUUUCUUCUUGUUUCUGUGCUUUUACUGAAUUUUACACAUUUUGUGUUUACUGAUUGUUUUCUGCAGAAUUCACUUUGUAUUUAACUGCUGUCCCUUUAUCAAAGCGUAUUGAUUAUUGAUCAGAGACUUCUAAGACUCCUGAACCUCCCUGAUGAUGAUGAGUUUUGGUUUAGACGAGCACACUGUAGCCGACACUGACACUGACAGUAUUGAUCGUAUUGAUGACAGUAUUGAUCUCUGUAGCUCAAAGUGAAAGUGAGUCGUCCUCAGCUGACCUCUCAUGUGUUUCUAUGUUCAUAAAAUAAAUAGUGCCUUGAAAUGACCCCUGACCCCGACCCCCCUGCCUGUCACAGUGACAUCACCAGUGACAUAGAGUUUUUUUCUACAU